AUGAUUCACCCCAGCAAGCCCGUCAGUACCCAGAGAUUACGGCUACAGGGCAGCAGCGUGAUGCAGCUGCACGAGCAGUUGGGCGUGAAAACCCGGAGUAUAGGGCUACAGAACAGCGGCAUAACACCGCUGCACGAGCUGCUGCCCGUCAAGACCCAGAGUACAGGGCCGCAGAGCAGCGACGUGACACCGCUGCACGAGCUGCUGCACGCCAAGACCCGGAGUACAGGGCUGCAGAGCAGCGACAUGACACCGCUGCACGAGCUGCUGCACGCCAAGACCUGGAGUACAGGGCUGCAGAGCAGCAACAUGACACCGCUGCACGAGCUGCUGCACGCCAAGACCCGGAGUACAGGGCUGCAGAGCAGCGACAUGACACCGCUGCACGAGCUGCUGCACGCCAAGACCCGGAGUACAGGGCUGCAGAGCAGCGACAUGACACCGCUGCACGAGCUGCUGCACGCCAAGACCCGGAGUACAGGGCCGUACGGCAGCGGCAUGAUGCCGCUGCUCGAGCUGCUGCCCGCCCGUGAUCAGGUGCAUGCAAUACAGCUUCCACAAGCCACCUUGCUUGAGCGUUUGCGGGACCUCAUGCGGUUUCCCUGCUUGCAUGAGGGCCAGCACCCUGCGCUGCCUAAUUUCCUGCAGGCGAUUCCGGAAGGGCACGUGCAGGACUUGCCCGGCGGUCAACUCCCGAUGGAGCGGCAGGUGCCAUACGAAAAACACCUGCAUCUUGCUAGCAGCAUGGCCGCCGCGCUGCGUCGGCGCAUGCCUUCACGGGACCAGUCGGCACUUCGUGCCUGGUUGGAAAUUCCCAAUGUGGACAUAUUACGCGCCGACAUCAUGUGCACUGCCGCCGUGCCGCGUCAUGCACGUACCCUGGCUUGGCGGCGCAUGCCCUGCACCACCCAAGGUGCUGCACCGCCACCGCCGGAUCCGGUUUUGCCGGCACGAUAUCGUAUCGGCAGAUCCGAGCGCGGCAGUAGUGCUGGCGCGAGUGCUGACACCGACCGAACGGCAUUCGUUGACGAAGAUGCGUUGGCGGUUGACAGUGAUGGUGCAGGUCAUGGGGCUAAUGACCCGGACUCACUGGCCAGUGCUGCAGAGGCCUCAGCACAGCUACCGCCAGAAUUGCAGCCAUACCCACCACGGGUGCAGCCACGACCUUGCCUCGAGGAUCCACGAAGUGUGGAGGUGCCAUUCUGCAUGCGCCUUGAUGUGGACUUGCCAAACCGGACCAUGUUCCCUGACGAUGCUGGCCCCGACCGAUUCACUAUCUGCACCUCUUGUGAGAAGGCACUGACGGCACGCCGAGUGCCUGAAGCGGCUCUGGCGCGAAUCGAUCCAGGCGACGUGCCGUCUACCAACCACCUGGGCGACCCGUUGCCCGCGCCCACGUUUGUGGAGAGUCAGCUGUUGGGGCGGGGCCGUCUCAUGCAGCAGCUCAUGAUUGUACAUCUCACGGGCCGCCCCCCCGAGGUGUUGCCGUGUGCUGUUCAGUCGCAUGGCAUUGCGGUUGUAAACCCCGACCCCAAUAUGCUUCGGGGCCAGCUGCCUGCACGCGUUGCGGAUUUGGCAGGCACCUUCACGGUGGUGUGCGUGGAUCAAGUCCGAGACCGGCAGGACUUGCUGGAUCGUGUCCGCCGUGCACCAGGCCUGAAAGUGCGAGGCAACGUCAUCAUCGCCUGGGUACGUUUCCUUCAGCAUAACGACGAGGAUGAAGGUGCGGUGGAUGAAGAUGCUCUACAGGAGUAUGAGCGUAUGGGAUGCAUUGCGCAAGUACCGGAGGCGCUGCUGGACUCUGCAAUCGGUCCUACGGAUCCAGAAGUCGCUGGUGUACUGCGGAGUACGUUCCUGCAUGAUCGUACCGGCGCUGCUGGUGUACGACAGCUGCAAGAGACGUUGCAAGGAAACGUCGCUGGUGAGAUCCUCCAGGGUGGUGGCGCUUAUGGAUCGCCCCUCGAUACAGCUGAUGCCGACCUGGGCGCUCCAAAUGAACUGGAGCUGGUCCUUCCGCAACCAGCUCCUGUUCCGACGGAUGGCAGCGACUUUGAUAACCGGCCCAACGUGGUGCAUGACCUGCUCACCGGGCGUGCACGUCUCGCAUUCACUGCUGGUGGCCGUGAUGCUCAGGUCCUGGAUGACCGUCACCCAGCCAUCCUCAACGUCUGCUUCCCGGUGUCCUUUCCAUAUGGUUUGUCCGGACAGCGACCACUGGGUAUGUCGUUCGCCUCAUAUUGCAGCCACCUCGUACGGCGAGUGCCACGGGCGCAGUUCAGCGGCAACUUGAUGCUGCUUGCCCGCAUGUACGAUAUCAAUGUUCGGCAGCAGAGCAUGGCGCAGGUGGGAGUGGCCCUGCGCAUGCGACCACGACUGGGUGAACCGGCGGCACGGGUACCGAGGGAUGUGGUACGCACCAUGGCAGACAUCUUGGCAUUGCCGUACCGUCACAUCAAGCGACGGCAGCUGCUGUCGCAGCAGUCGCCCGUGGUGCGUGCUCUCCUGGAUGGUGCACGUGCCAGCCUGCUGCGAAUCGACCUUACAGAUGCCUACUACAAUGGUGCAAAAGCCAUGAUGCGUGCGGCUGCCCUCACCAUUGGCUGGCCGCCGUUAUUCUUCAAUCUCAACCCGGCGGACAUGCACGCUGGCUGCGCCGUUGUAGCCUCUGGCCAGAUUAUAGAGUUCGACGAUGCUGGUCGUCCGACCCGGAUCAGCAGCACGGUGGAUAAGUGGCGCCGCGUCAAAGAAGACCCGCACAGCUGUGCUGCACUGCUCGUCGCCACGAAAGAGGUGUUGGUGGAGCAGUUGUUUGGCUUUGCACCUGGAGCAAUGCGGCAGACUGACCCUAACUGCUUCUGUGGGGUCGUAUUCGAGGUAGUCGUCAAGGUUGAACAGAGCGGGCGAUUGGCGCUACACUUGCACGGAGUCCCACCACAGAUGCUCAUCAUGGGUCCCCCAGGCACGGGCAAGACUCAGUUCGUGCAGGCGCUGCUGUGGUACACAUACCAGCAUGACAGCCCCGACUGGGCCGCCACAUGCGCGUACUCCUGGGCCGCCGCGAUUGCCUUCAACACUCCAGUGCACCGCAGCCUGUCAACCCACUCCAUGUUCGGCAUCUCAGCCAGCCAAAGCGGCUCACGUGGCGCCAACCUUCCCAAGCGCGGUGCCCACGCCGGCCUUCAGGUCAAACGCAACGUCGGUGACGGGGCUGUCUUCAUCGAUGAAAUUGGCAUGCAGAGCCACGAACACCUCGGCGCCAUCAGCCACUCAUGUACAGCCUACGUACCGCCUCCGCCGCACCUUGGGCCCACCCACCCGAGCACUCGUGUCUUCUCCGGCCGCGCCGCUGCCGGAAUCGGCGACCUGCUACAGCAUCCUCAACCAGGCGGCUCGCCACCAUACUGCUACGCGGCCGCCGUCGAGCGGGACCCCCACUUCAGUCCGUCGGCACCAACCGCCCGGCGCGGGCGAGCCUCCGCUGCCGUACCACAAACACACACCCGCCUACACGAUGGCUUCAACCUGUACCGGCAACUCGGUGGCACCGUAUUCAUGCUGCAGAAACAGCAGCGGCAAGACAACACCCCAUCCGGCCAGCAGCUUACCCGGUUCGCGACCAUGUUCGGUGGCGGCCAACCCACUGAAGCACGUGUUGCAGAUCUCAUAGAUGCACUCAACCAGCGUGUCAUCACGGACUUGUCCGAUCUCACGGACCUUGAACCCCGUGUCGUGCUGCAACGUAACGAACCCAGACACGCGCUCAACACACGCCUCCUGAUGCUCCAGGCGCGCCGCAAAGGAGCACAUUUGGUCAGCUGGAACGCGGACCACGUCCCGGUCAGACAACAUGGUGCGACCCAACAACAGCAACUCUCCCACGUCGAAAAGGCAGUCGCAAUGCGAGUAAAAGACGCCAUCUUCGACCACACCACCGCUGACACUUGGUACUACGAAGGCGCACGCUACACCCUACUCGACACCACUGCUGCCGACGCCGGCGCGUGCCACAACAAUGAAGUCGAGGCGUGCGGCCUGCUCACCGACAGCCAUGAGCCGCCCGAUGACGGCCGUGGCCCGUACUGGCGCCUCCACUACCUGCCCGCAGCCGUCAUGGUCCGUCCCAUGAAAGGGCAUGCGCCCAAAGCGGUGCUGGCGGACUUGGCGGACUUCGCAUCCAAGGGUGCUGCCUUCACUGUCGUACCACGGCCCUCACCAGCAGCAAACAUCACCGUGCCUGCUGCCAACACCGGCACCACCACCAAGAACGUACGUCGCGUCAAUGUGCCACUGGGUGACUACUAUGCCGUUACCGACUACUUCGUGCAGGGCCGGAGCUUCAAGGAGGAGUGCUGGGUUGCAGACCUCUCCGUUCCGCCCGGUGGCCUCAAGCGUGCAACCAUGUACGUGCUGCUCACACGCUACAAGACCCUCAACCACAUACGCCUGCUGCGCCCACUCUCUACCACACCCGACGAACGACGCCGAGUCAUCAAAAUAUUUUUCGCAGCAACAAAGCUGGACCCUGACCUGGCCGCCGAACUGCGCCUCCUCGACCGCCGUGCGACUGAAACCCGCCAACGCUAUGCAACCGAGUACCAACACGCCCGACACCUGGAGCAGCGUUGGACCACCGCAACCAUCCCCACAUGA